CGCGCGAUUGAGCAGGGGUACAAUAGAGAGAGGAGAGAAAAAGAGGGAGGAGGAUAGGAUCCAUGAGAGACCUGUACCGCAUUACACGAAACGAACACAGGCACACACACACACUCAUGCACAGUACAUGCGACAUCAGAGCUGACACACAGCGGAGAGAGAAGGCGCGGAAACAGAAACAAAAACAUUUCCGCGGCCAAAAGACACACCAUACAGGAUGACAUGGCUUCGGUGAAGACGUAAAGGUUGUCGGCAAAGCCUUGGCCUUGCCGGUAGACUAAUCUGCAGUCGUUCCUGGCCGCAGCCUUCCCUCACGUGGCCAAGCCGAGCCCAGUGCACUGCGCAUCGCUGCAUGAUGCUGCGGCUGCGGUCUGAGUAGCGGCUGUUGGAAUUAGUGGGAACGCUGUGGAUAUUGCUGACACAUAUACGUCAGAGGCAUAUCAGAAGCCAACCAGGAGUUGUGAAAGGAGAGGAGAGCCAAUCUGAAGGGAGAGAUGAUGGCGCGGGGCGGGCCUUGUGCCCUGUCUGUGAUGUCAUUUGUCCUAAUGCUGUGGCAGGAAGCGUCUUCUAUCGAGGUUCCUCUUGACCCAAAGAUCCAGCAGGACCUGAAGCAGCCCCCCACUAUCGUGAAACAGUCACUGAAGGACUACAUUGUGGACCCGAGAGAUAACAUCAUCAUUGAGUGCGAGGCCAAGGGGAACCCCGUGCCAAUGUUCUCAUGGCGACGGAACGGGAAGUUUUUCAACGUGGGAAAGGAUCCACGAGUGACAAUGCGGAAGCGAUCGGGAACACUGGAGAUUAGCUUCCGGAGUGGAGGGAGACCUGAGGACUAUGAGGGAGAAUACCAGUGUUUCGCCUCCAACGACUUCGGAACAGCGUUAACCAACAAGAUCCUUCUACGAGUCUCCAAAUCUCCUCUAUGGCCUAAGGAGGUGUUGGAGCCUGUGGUGGUCACUGAGGGUUCUCCUCUGGUCUUGUCCUGUAAUCCUCCUCCUGGACUACCUCCUCCUCUCACCUUCUGGAUGAACAGCAACAUGAUGUCUAUAGCCCAGGACCGGCGUGUGUCCAUGGGUCUGAACGGGGACCUGUACUUCUCUAAUGUCCUGGCUAAAGACUCCCAAACAGACUAUAGCUGCAACGCACGCUUUCUCUUCACCCACACCAUCCAGCAGAAGAACCCGUACACACUCAAAGUUCAGACCAAGGAGCCAUAUAACGACACUUCCUCUGUCAACUCCACUGACCUGUACAGUGGUCGUAAGGUCACAGAGACCCCACCUGCCUUCCUGUCCCCUACGGGAACCGACAGCUCCAUGAUGGUGCUGAGAGGAGAGAAGUUGCAGCUGGAGUGCAUCGCCUCUGGGGUUCCAACCCCCAGUAUAAAGUGGUUUAAGAAGGGGGGAGACUUGAACCAGAAGGUCAAACUGGAGAAUUACAAUAAGACUCUGCAGAUUGACAGUGUUUCAGAAGAGGACGCAGGCGAAUACAUGUGUAUGGCCAACAACCAGAUAGGAAGCAUCCGACACUCCAUCUACGUCCAGGUCAAAGCGGCUCCUUAUUGGCUGGACAAGCCAUCAAACCUGGUGCUAGCUCCCAAUGAGAACGGUCGCCUGGUGUGUCGGACCAAUGGAAAUCCCAAACCUGACAUUCAGUGGCUGGUCAACGGAGAACCCAUUGGCAGUGACAGCUCCUUGCCCAACCCCAGCAGAGAAGUGGUCGGGGACACCAUCAUCUUCCGCUCGGUUCAGACGGGCAGCAGUGCUGUGUACCAGUGCAAUGCCUCAAAUCAGCAUGGUUACCUGCUGGCUAACGCCUUUGUCAGCAUACUGGACAUGGCUCCCAGGAUGUUGGGACCUAAGAACCAGCUGAUAAAGGUGAUUGAGAACAACAGGACCUUCCUGGACUGUCCCUUCUUUGGGUCCCCCCUGCCAGAGCUGCGCUGGUUUAAGAAUGGCCAGGGAAGUGGUCUGGAUGGUGGUCACUACAGGGUGUACAUUAAUGGGACCCUGGAGAUCAAGCGGGCCCUGGCUGAGGACCAGGGCACAUACACCUGUGUGGCCAGCAACAUCCUGGGCAAGGAGGAGAACCAGGUCCGUCUGGAGGUCAAAGAACCGACCCGUAUCGUCAGGGCUCCAGAGCAUCAGUCAGCAAUCAGAGGUACCAUGGCUCGUUUUGACUGCCGGGUCAAAUCAGACGCCUCCCUACCAAUCACUGUUACCUGGCUGAAAGAUGACAAGCCUCUCUCUCUCGGAUGGAGGUUAAAGAAGGAUGAGGAUUCUCUCUCUAUCCCCAGUGUUAACGAGGGGGAUGAGGGGGUGUACACCUGCACUGUUAAAACUGAAAUCGACCAAGACACGGCCUCAGCCCGCCUUACUGUGCUAGAGGACGCCUCCCUGUUUCCCUCACAGUCUAGUGCCUUGCCUACAGACCGUCCCGACCCCCCCACAGACCUGGAGUUGUCUGACCCUGCAGCAAGCAGCAUACGACUCACCUGGAUACCUGGAGAUGACCACAACAGUCCUGUUACACGGUUUGUGGUUCAGUUUGAGGAAGAUCAUUGGGAGCGCGGCAAAUGGCAGAACCUGUCUAGUUACCCCGGAGACCUAAACUCUGUAGUCCUGCAACUCUCUCCCUUCAUAAACUACCAGUUCAGAGUCCUGGCUGUGAACUCUGUGGGCCAGAGCCGACCAAGCCGACCAUCACAACGAUACCAAACCAGUCCGGCCCCUCCGGACACUAUCCCUAGUGACCUGAAAGGCUGGGGCACCAACAAGAAUAACAUGGAAAUCAGCUGGGAGCCCUUGUUGGACACAGAGCGAAAUGGCCCGAACCUGAAAUACUUAGUGUGGUGGAGGCGGAAGGAUACGGGAGAAGACUGGAGUAAUGUGACCACGGAGAAAACCAAGCACAUUGUCCAAGACACUGAGACCUACGUUCCAUAUGAAAUCAAACUUCAGGCCAAGAAUGACAUUGGACCAGGCCCCGAGUCUAACAUCAUCACAGGAUACUCAGGAGAGGACAAGCCUACCGCCCCUCCCACUGACCUGCGGGUUUUCAAGCCUGAAAGCACCAAGGUCAGCAUCCACUGGACCCCAGUAGACCCCAGCACUGUGCAGGGAGAGUUCAAGGAAUACAGGGUGUAUUACUGGCGUGAGGCCAGCAUGGUGAAAGGCCUGCAUGUCAAUAAGGAGAAGAAGACUAAAGGCUUCUACAGCACCGUUGCCCAGCCGACAGGCAUACUGACUGACCUUCAUCCUUACAGCCACUACCGCAUGUUCAUGGUGGUCGCCAACACUCGCUAUGAGGGCCCGCCUAGCAACCAUGUGGAGUUUUACACCAAGGAAGGAGUGCCGGAUGUUCCUACGUCCUUGAAGAUUGUCCAGAGGAGUACAGACUAUAUCCGCCUGGAGUGGGAAAAACCUGUGGAGCCUAAUGGCAUUCUGAUAGGAUACACACUUAAGUACCAAACGGUGAAUGGGUCACAAGUGGGCCGCAUGGUGAUAGAGAGCUUCCUUCCCAACGUGACGUCAUACAAGCUCCGCCUGCCAGACCGAGCCCUGCGCUACAAGUUCUACCUGGCUGCCCGGACACAAGUGGGCGCUGGGGAAGUCUUAGCUGUGGAGUCUCCACACUUCACCAAUGAGGAAGACUUUUUCAGCUCAGUCACACCUACAGACGACUCCUCGUCCACAACUGUCCCUCCUCCGCCACCUCCUCCUCCCACCACAGCUUCCACAGCCAUUAGUACUUCAACUACUACUCCCCCUACCCCCGCUACCAUGAUUACCACAACUACUCCUACCGCGACUACGAGUACCACGACUGCCGCGCCUACUGCAGCCACUCCUGUGGUGGUUACCAGCACCAAGAGGGCAGAUAAGAAUGUGUUGGGCAUUGCUCCUGGGAGGGUGAUCUGGAACCUGACGGUGGAGCCUAACAGUAACUACGCUAACGUCAGCUGGAACCACAACUUCCCGGGCGGCAGCAGCGAGUUCCAGCUAGAGUUCACACUGGACAGCAACGGAAGUAUGUCAAGCGUACCUGUGAAACAGCCGCCCAUUAAGCUGGCCGGGUUGAUCGAAGGGGCCAAGUACCGUCUGAGGGUGUACUCCAGUGAAUACCACAGCAUCUCCAGCAAAGUGGUCACCUUUGAGACCAGCACAGCCUACAUUAAAGACCAUGUGGACAUAGCUACCCAGGGCUGGUUCAUUGGGCUGAUGUGUGCCAUCGCUCUCAUCAUCCUCAUCCUCCUCAUCGUCUGCUUCAUCAAGAGGAGUCGUGGAGGCAAAUACCCAGUACGUGAUAAAAAAGAUCUUCCUCUGGAGGGAGUGGAUCAGAAAGGAGAGGAUGGAUCAUUUGACUACCAGAACGAAAAUGAAAACGAGAACAGUUGUUCCCUCCAAAGUAGUGACGAGGACAACAAGCCUCUGCAGGGUAGCCAGAACUCUCUGGACGGCGGGGUGAAGGAGAGCGACGACAGUCUGGUGGAUUACGGCGAGGGAGGUGACGGCCAGUUCAAUGAGGAUGGCUCCUUCAUCGGCCAGUACACUGUCAAGAAGGACAAGGACGAGACGGAGGGCAACGAGAGCUCUGAGGCCACCUCGCCCGUCAACGCCAUCUACUCGCUGGCAUAGCCCCCCUGCCCUGGCUGGCCUGGAGACCUGCAUAUCACCCACUAGUGGUUGGAGGGUGCUAUUACCACCACUGCUUCUACCACACGUACACACACAAAUCCACAUGUGAAUAUAUAAAUAUAUGAAUCUAUGAAAACACGUAUAAACACGUACACACAUGUCGCCUGCCCGGAGGCUGUUUGGCCUCUUAAAGCGGAGGAAGAUACCGUUUCUGUUAGAAAUAAUGGGUUGUGAAUGGAAUGGAAGUUACCAGAAACACGUAGCCAAGCCAUGAUGUUUGGUUCCAGAAAUCUGGUUUCCCAGGCCAAGUUUGAGAAUCUUGAACAGUACGCGUCACUCUAUGCUAUUCCUCCUGUCCCUCACACAGACUUUAAUGUGCCUGAAGGGCUGGCCACUGGAGAGAGAGGACUAAGAAGCAACGCCAAGGUUUUCAAGCACUUUGUGUGGCUCUAGAGCUUUAUUUGUUUUGAACAUCCUCAGCUUUCCCCACAACCCACCUCUUUCUCCCACAUAUGUCCUCAUGCCCCCUGUGUCUUUACUCUGCAGCCCCAGGGUAAAGACACAGCUUGUUCUGUCAACAUAUCAGUUACGGACCACCAACAUAGCAGGAUAUCGGCAGAUAUGUUUAUCAUAUUGAUACUUCCGCGAUGAGAGAUCAUUUGUUGUUCACAACUCGUACAGUAGAGGAGUCAUUUUAAUAUAUGAAUGCUGUUAACGUUGCUAGCUCACCUCGCUGCCAAACUAUGCACUACUACCAGCUUGUUUUUGAGUGAAGUCUGGGUAUUCAUUCUAAUGUUUAUUUUUCAGUGUUGAUUCUCACAUGUUUUAAGAAGAACAAUUUCUUAGUGAAAUGCUAUCAUUCUCUUGCCUUCCUGCUGUGGUACAUAUACUUUUAUUUCACCUCCAUCAAGUUGUGUGGAGAUAUUCGAAAUGGCAAUGGCUAUAGCAAUGCCAUUUCUGCCUCAAGCUAUUUUAUACUACUGGCCACGACUAUGUCAGUUAUAAAUGACAUAUAUUUAAUUUUAAUUUCAAGCAUGGUAGUAAAUUAGUGCAAGAGACAAAAGAGGAAGUAUCUUGGACCGAAGAUUUGCUUUGCUUGAUAACAAACAAAUGACUGACUGACAAUACCUCAUUUUUUAAAGUCACUGGGGACACAAAAAUCUGAUCAACCAUUUGAAGAUCGCAAUAUAAUGCUACAUCUUGGCUGCUUCCUGCACUUGUCCCACUUAGCCGUAUGCUGAUAGACACACCUGAGAUGUCGGAGGGUUUCCACAACCAAUUCACCAAUAAAAUAUGCAGACCUGAUCUCCCCCAUAUAAUAUUUGAUAACAUAGAAACAUUUAGCCAGCAGAGGGUUAAUUUGAAUCUGACAAUGUGUAGGGUUACUGGUCUAGCAGAGGGUUACUGGUUUUAAAUCUGUUUUAUUUAGAAUUGACUUAAGCAGACAAUUAUGCGUAGUAUGGGCUUCUAUUUACAUGUAAAUAAAAACAAACAGGACAGCAAACAACUGAGCAAAUUGAGCAAAUAUGAAAUGUGAAUUCCCUUCACAAUUCACCAACAAAAUAAGUGUAAUUCUUUAAAAGGAAGAAUUUGAUUGGAGAAUUACCAGGGGUAACACUUUCCCUUAAGUUGAAACGUAUUACCAUAUAACUGCUAUGUAAAUGCACAUAAUCAACUGUAUUAAUACCACAGGUAUUACAUUGUAUUUACUUUGUUAUUACAAUAGCAUUAUGAUUUAUCAGCAUUUAAAUAGCAUCCUACAGGAUGUUUUGUAAUUACCUCUUGAUUUUUUUCCAAAUGUAAUAACCAAUACCGGUAAAUUAGGAUUCUAUUGUAUUUACUAUACAAGGUAAAACCUGUGGUAUUAUUUUGUUGUUAAUAUAAUUGUUAAUGUAUUUACACAGCAGUUACUUAGUAAUAAGUGUCAACUUAAGGGAGUUAAGUGAAAGUGUUACAGAGUUAGUUUUUCUUAAGAGUGCCCAGUUGUCUUUAAAGCACUGUUAUGAGGUCUGGAAUGUCCAAAUCCCCUGUUCUAAACGUGGCAUUUGCCCUCCAUUCCAUGUUGUUUUAAAUGUGGCAUUAGCCCUCCAUUCCAGGCAUCUCCCUGGUGAGUCUGUCUUCCCCUCAGACAGACUGUUUCUUAAUGUUAUGGAUGCUUUGCUUCAAUGAGAAAUUAAUGUCAACAUUUAUAAUUGGUUUGUAAUGAAAAAUAAUGUAAACAUUUGCAAUUGGUUGUUACGGGAUUUGUCCACAGAAGUAAUCAAUCCCUGCUCCAUCUAAGGUUACCAGAUGGGAGAAGCUAAAAUGUAGCAUUUUAUCAUGUGCAAUGAUUUGGUUGGAUUAUUUGGAACUGAUUAGCUAUCCUUAAACUGUUUCUAUGGUAUGGCUCGGUCAUCUGUCUGUACAUCUCUAUGGCAACUGGUGCUUGGGGAAGGGGACCCACUUCCUGAUUACUUGCUGGUUAGCAUGGCUGUGAUUCUUUGGCUUGGCUCUUUGUCUGCUUCUUUUAAAACUAUUGUUAGAGCCAGGCUGAAUCUGCAGGGGAGGUACGUUUAGCUCAAGCCAACAGAAAUUGGAAUAUUUAUAUAUUUAGGAUACAUCUGGGAAGGUAUUGAAUGUCCCUGCUGAUACCGCCUGGUUGUAUUUAUCGUUGACAAGUCUUCAUGGACAAGUCAUUGUCAAGCGAGUGGGAAGAUGUUUCAAACAAUGCAGCGGUGGGCAGACAUUUUACCAUUUGACCCUUCAAUAGUAGAACUCAUUCAUGAGUCGUCCUCUAUGUUUCACGUCUAGAAAGUGUAAGAAAGGCACCCACAUGUAUUACAACCACACUACUGAAGUCUCACUAAAUCUAAUAGAUCUCAGCUAACAAAGUACAAUUAGCUAAUGGAGGUCACAUCAUAUUUCAGAUUUUAAUUUAUAUUUUAAUUUGUUACAUUUUGUUGAUAAUAUUAAUUAAUAUAUUAGUAAUUCACUUAUUGUUGAAAAUCCAUCAAUUGAAUAUUUAACUGCCUUGAUAUUUUCAUAUCAGAACUAACUCUGAAAUCCACAAUAAAGAAUUUAACGGAAUUAGUUGUAAUUGUAGAUUAGAGGAAAUGACAGAUAUUUUUUGGUGAUGGGUAUUUACGCUGUUAACAGCAUUGACUGUCACCAUUAUAGAGGUUGUGUUAAUCUAUUCAUUGUGCUGCUCUUCAUGUCGAUAAUUUCAUGUUGUAGUACUGUUAUUAUUCCAUGUUUUAUUAGAAUUUAUUUAAUAUAACUUUUACAUGACACAGAAAUGUAACAUUGCCUAAUUAUUUGUCAUACCGUUACUGUACAUGUAGGACCUAAACAAUGAGAUGUCUUUUUCUUGUAAAUAUCAGAAAAUCUCAAUAAUAAGUAAAAGAAUCACGAAUCUGUAUCUACCAUAAAAAAAUGUACCUGGUGUAUCCCAAAAAUUAUGUUGUGCACCUUUUUAUUGUAGCUUUUAUUAUGAUUUGGAAUCUUCUCCAAAGGUUUUGUCCCUAAGAACUUGUUUUGAAAUAUAUGGCCUUUGUCUCUUGGUCGGUUAGUUUUCUGUCAAUUUCUCAAUCGAAAGACACAUAACACAAUGUUGUGAAACAGGUUUUACAGUAGUCAAUCCCUUUAUGGUGUAAAUAAAAGUCAUCAUGAAAUGUUUAAUUGUAGCAUUCUGUGCACACAUCUUCAAUGCAUAUGAAAAAGGAAUUUGUUAAAGUAAUGAAUAGCCAAUUUCAUCCAUUUUGUUCUUGUAUUAAGGUGAAUCCAUUGCUGCAGACUCAUUGUCCCAUCAGGCCUUCUGCUCCACCCCUCCUGGUGGCAGUCCAAUGACUGGUGACCUUUUUAACAGGAGUAUAUUUGGUCCUGCAUUUCACUCACUUAAGGAGAUGUAUUUUUUCCUGCUGUCAUCCAAUUCUUAAAAAAAGAGAAUAUAUGUCCAGCAACCACCUCUGUGAUCUGAUCUCUUGUCUCCAAUACCUCAAAGCAAUUACCAACGUUGGACCCAUAUUUUAAUUUUUUUUAUGUGUCACUUUGUGGUAGUUCACUGUGACCUCUGGGUAGUGACUGUAGUAGCCAGCCAUGCUAAGACACCUGACCACUGUAUCAGCAUGAAGACACAGGAGACCAGGAAUGCUGUCAGAGUGCCCUUGCUGUUGCUGUGUUUUGCUCUUUUCAACAGUGCAAAACUAAAUGCACUCUCAGUCCCCUCCCAAAACAUCAACAGCCCUGAAGACUGCUGAAUCACAGAAUGCUUAAUGACUGAUUUACAGCUUCCAGUUAUGAACUUUUGCCUUGAACUCCCUGUUGACUGAGUUCUGGCUGUUUAAGCCCCUCCCCAUAACAGCCUUUCUUCUUGUGUGGAUUCUAAAUAGGGAAAUUGAGAACCUGUGAGAAAAUAUAAAAAAAAGAGAAUUAUGCAUAACAGCUGAUACAGUGCUUUCUUAUAAAUUUUUAUGUGUUGUGUUUGUUCAUUUAAUGUGCAUAAGGAGUAGGUUGUCUUCUCAUUCCAUCUGUAAUGUAUCCAUCCUCUAGAGACCCUCCUCCCCUACCAGAGCAAAUCACUUUUCAACUAUCAGUGGGUAACAAAAAGCAAAGGUAAAGUAUCUAUGUACAUUCUCACAGCUUUGAGCAAAAGUGUGAUUUCAUCCAUACAACGAGACGCACAUAACAAUUAUAACAUUUGAGCUUGGAUUGUUGUUAAUGUAUUGUUCAUAUCCUUGUUAUAUGAUAUAAUUUUAGUACUUUAUUUCUGCAUUUUACUUUUACAGUUAUAACUGUAUCAAAGCAGCUUGUCAGUCUUGCUACUACACGUAAAAAGAACAGCUUUUGUAAGGUAGGCCUACAUCUAAUCAACAGAAAAAUGGCAUAUUAAUAUAUUCACCAUGAAUGCGUGAAUGAUGACAUGUUGCAACUUCUGCUAGAGAUGCCUUCUUUAUAGUAAAGCUAUCUCGUUUUCUCUA